ACUUGUUAUUUAUUUGAUGACUGUUGUAAUUUCAUUAUCAUGUAUUGUGUGAAAUUUUGUUUUUAAUUAUUUUAUAAGUUAUUUAAUUAAAUAUUGUAUAUUUAAUAUAUAUUUUUAUCUAAAUAAAAAAAUAUGUCAAAAAUUGUAGUUGUUGGUUCUUGUGGUACUGAUUUAUUUUUCUACACUUCAAAACUGCCUACUCCUGGACAAACUAUACAUGGUAAACAAUUCUCAGUAGAUUUUGGUGGUAAAGGAGCCAAUCAAUGUGUUGCUGCUCAAAAAUUGGGAGCUGAUACUGUAUUUAUUGGCUGUGUAGGAACUGAUAUUUUUGGUAAUGAUAUAAUAGACAAUUUUAAAAACAUUGGUGUUGAUACUACUUAUAUUAUAAAAAAAGCAAACGUAGACACGGGAGUAGCUCAAAUUAAUGUUACUGAUGAUGGUGAAAAUUAUAUCAUUAUAGUGGCUGGAGCUAAUGGAACUUUGCUACCAGCUGACAUAGAUAAAGCUGAAACAUUAUUUCAUAGUGAAAUUGGUGUUGUAAUAUUUCAGUUUGAAACUCCAUUAGAAACAACAGAAUAUUUGCUAAACAAAUUAUCUAAAAUUAAUAAUAGAUGCUGUAAAAUUGUAAAUGGUGCUCCAGCGUAUUCAAAUUUGCAUAACAAAAUAUUUCAACUAGCUGAUAUAUUUUGUGUUAAUGAAUCUGAAGCAGAAAUAUAUACAAAUGAAAUAAUAAAAAUUAAUAGUAUUGAGACAGCUAAUCAAGCUUUAUUUUUACUUUUGAAACAAGGAUGUAAUACUGUUAUCAUAACAUUAGGAUCAUUAGGUGCUGUUUUUGCUUCAAAAAAUAACUCUGAACCUCAAUGGGUCCAUUCACCAAAAGUUACUAACCCUAUUGAUACUACUGGUGCUGGAGAUGCCUUUAUAGGAGCUUUAGCAUAUUUUAUUGUCCAUAAGCCAAAUUUAGAUUUGUAUGAAAAAAUUAAGAGAGCAUGUACAAUAGCUUCUAUUACAGUGCAACAAAAAGGUACCCAAAAAAGUUUUCCCAAUAGAAAUACUUUACCAAAAUAUUUGUUUGAUUAAAUUAAAAUUUUUCAUUCUAUUAUAAUAUUCAAAUUUGUGUAACUUAAUACUUAUAAUAAUUCUUUAUAAAUUAGCUUAUUUAAAAUGUUACGGUAGUAUACCAUGUAAAAUAUUUUUAUUGUUACAUUUUUAAUUCAAUAAUUUUGAUGAUAUAUAUGUUAUUAAUAUAGAAUAAAUGUAAAAAAAAUUUAUUUUA